UAGAACUCCAAUUGUCUCAAUUGACCAGCCGGCGCGGGGUUCCUGACGGUUCCUCUGUCAUUGAAUCCUCGUAGCCUUCUUUUUCACUUAAUGAUUUAGUGGUGAUCCGACCCAGCCCGCUGUCAGCGGUGCGCAAGGCUAACCACCAUGGUCUCCAAACCCACCAGCGGCACACCAGCUGUGCCAUCACGAAAUGCCCUACGAGUCCUUCGUCGAUUGGCUCUUGCAGGAUCGACUGUGGGAAGCUUUUGCACGGUUGCAGCCAUUACCUACGACGUCCAUCGUCGGGUGCGCGUUGCGGAACGAAUUGUCGAAAACAAGCGGGCCUUGCAAACCUCAGCCCCGAACUACGAUGCAACAUCUGCAGCAAGGAGACUAGCACGUAUGAUGGAGGCGGCUGAGGCAGGAGAGUUUAUGGGCUUGGAAUCACUAAAGGAGCAAGAUCGGAAGUUCAGAGAAGCGCAAGCUGUCCCAGCUGGGGUGGACGUUCGUGGUGACGACUUGAGCUGGGAUGUCCAGCUGCAAGACCAACAACCUUCUGCCCCUGCGGAGACUUAUAUGGAUACUGCACGCUCAAAAUUGAUUGACACCUUUACUCCCGGACAAGCACCAGCCAAUUCGACCUCAGCUCCCAAUCUCCCUCCGAACCUAACCCGAUCAACCGAUGCACUGGACCGAGCAAAACCCGCCCUCGCCAAUGCGAAACAAAGAACAACCGAAGGUCAUGAGAAACAAACAGAAGAUGUAGCUCAAUGGCAUGAUUCAGUCACAGAAGAAAUGCAAAAGUUUCUUGACCACGGUCGCCCUAUUGAUGCCGCCCACUUGUUUUUGGACGCCCACCCCGCGACGUUGAACGGCAUAUCUACAGAUAGACGGGAGGUUACGGUAAAGACAUUUUAUGCAAAUUGCAGAGAAGAAAACGUCAUGGUUGCUAGGAAUAUUUUUGAACGCCUAGAAGACGUGGACAAAGUGUCUCCUGGCAUGUGGAAAGUUUUGAUGUUUGCGCUAGCGAGAAAGGGGAGCAUCGAAUCCGUCGCCACUAUUUUUACUCGAUACAUGCACAAAUUCAAAGUGCCCCCGGAAAUGGUCGAUAUCGUGCUCCGAUGUUUACUAGAGUCUCAUCGACUUACCACGGCGAAAUGGUUUCUUCUGCGAAACCUCGAGGUUGAUCGUGGCUGCGGCUUAUGCGGCGCCUAUCUCGCCGGGCUUUGGAAGAAGACAAGGAGUAUCGAGCUUUUGAACGGGCAAUUGAAGAAAAUCCUAACCAUCCUUCCUCGCUUGGGAAAGGAACCCACCGACAAGCUCUUUAACCCCGUGAUCAAAGCAUACGUGGAAUUCGGUCGGUUGGCUGAUGCGGAAGCACUGGUUAAAGACAUGACGACUAGAUACGGCAUUCCACUUCGCUGCCGAACAAAGGGUCUUUUGGUAUUUGGAAGGGCUCUGGCCUGUGACUGGGAGGGAGUGGACGCUGGGUUACAGCAGAUGCAUGAGCUUAAGUUGACCUCGAGGAAGUAUGACUUUACGCCGAUAUUUGACCGCAUCUUCCUGGAAUACUGGGUAUCACAUUCCGGUGAAGAGAUCCGCGAGUUUGUCUACCGUUAUAUCGAGAAGUUCCAGAUGGUUCCCGACAAAAUUCUUUACAAGCACAUUCUGGAGGCAUUCGUGGAAAAGGGUAAUAAAGAAAUGGUUGAUGAAUUUGUGCGGUUCGCACGUGAGCGCCGUUGGCCGAACUUCAUCAAUGAGCAGGAAUUCUUGGAAAUGCUCCGAAAACGUCGACACGCUCUUGAGGAAGCACCAGUGGGAUUCUGGCAGAUGCUGCAGGCAGCUCGGGCGAAGUAUGGACAAGCUGCCACAUCGCAACAAGUGCUUGGAUAUGAUCAGCGGUCGUUCCCACUUGCCGAAGUCAACCUGAUGCCGUACACGCAGGACCCGUUACCGUGGUACCAACGAACGCUGCAACACAUGACUCCCUCGAGGCCAGUUGACCAAUACCAAAAGCUCCACAAGCAGAUGUCUCAUUACAUGCAUGUCGGUAAGCUGACGGAGGCGUUAAAAUGCUUUGAAAAUGCCAAAAACGCGCGGUUCCAAUUCAAGCAGUUGCAUGUUGAACUCGCAGUCAUCUGCACUCUGCUUGAAGAGGGUGUCGGUGCUGCUCGUGCUUUGAUCGAUUCCGAGUGGAAGAAUAUUCGCCACUUGGUUCGCUUCUUCCCUCAGUUCUUCCGCCAGAUCAUGGAGGUCGACUCUGAGGCUGAAGGCCAGCUGAUCAAUAUGGCCGUGCUUCGCUUCUAUGAGCUGUGCUGGUCAAACAAGAAGAUGACAGUUAAGCACCACAUCACGGUAGCGACCAGCAGAAGGUUGAUCGCAGUGAAGAAGCCUGAGUUGGCCGUGGAUCUGCUGGCUACUGUCUACAUGUCCCGCUUCCGGCACUCGUUGGCAUAUGAUGGUGUCUGCAUGAAAAUGUUCAUACGUGCGUUUGCCGCGACUGGUAAUCUGCAUGGCAUGCGGUGGUGCAUCUUGACCGCUCUGGCCCGAGGAAGCGCACUUAACCGUGACUUUGUCAUCGAAGCCCGCCGGGUCACUGGAAACCUGCAACGUCAGCUAAGCUCGGCCGAAGGAUCUAAGGAUGCGUCACGGGACAUGGAAAAGAUCGAGUAUCUGACGCAUGCCGUUGAACUGCUGGAGAAGAAGAGCCAGGGCGAUCCCCAGCUGUGGCAGCUCAAGACCAACCCGACGGUGAAAAAGGCCGGUCGCCGGCUACUCAAGCGCCCUCUCGAUGAACGGCGUCUGUACAAGAAGGCCCAUCUUCAGGAAACGAUUGAGGGCUGGGAUGAGGAAUAUGAGUUGGAGGCCGUGCUGGGCCGUAUUGACAUUGACCCGAAGUCGAUUGCGCUUCGAUGGAGCGAGAAGCACUGUCUGGGGCAAAUUCGUGAAAUUGAUGAUCUGCUGUGAGUUCGGGUUAGCAUUUGUUCUAUAUCACUUCCACUAUUGUUGUUAUUAUGUUUGUAUUUCCGGCUGUGUGCUUGUGUAUAUAUCCCAUGCUGCCAUAUUCAAUACUGUGUAUAACUACUUGUUAUCUUAUCCUGCAAUUGGAUUUAUAUGUAUUAUCCUGCAACACUCAAGUGCAGUUUGCAUUUAAGAGCAUCUCAAAUGUAUACCCUUGCAAUCAA